AUGCGUCUUUUUGUGUGUUCUCUAUUUUUGUUUCUCGUGCUGAUGCCGAAAGGUGCCCUGAAUGACACCCGGAAGAAGGAUGGAACAUCUUUGGGUGAAAGAGUUCAACAACUUAUGGAUACGAUGACGAAGAGGUCUGUGGUGCGUCUGAAUACGGACAAAUUCAAGCAAUACGUGAAAGCUCUGCCCAGGAACUAUUCUAUGAUAAUCAUGUUUACUGCGAUGGCGCCUCAGAGACAGUGUGCCAUCUGUAGACACGCGAGUGAUGAGUUUCAGAUUGUUGCCAACUCGUACCGCUAUUCGCAACUUUUCUCCAACAAAAUGUUCUUCGGGGUUGUGGAUUUCGAUGAGGGCGCGGACAUCUUCACAAGUUUGAAAAUGAAUUCAGCGCCAACCUUCAUGCACUUUCCGGCGAAAGGGAAGCCGAAGAAGGUAGAUAUCAUGGACAUUCAACGGCACGGCAUUAGUGCUGAGGCCAUUGCGAAAUGGAUUGCCGAAAGAACAGAUGUCCAUAUCCGAGUUUUCCGUCCACCAAACUAUUCCGGAACCAUUGGGCUGGUGACGCUCAUUGUCUUGAUAGGAGGACUUCUGUACCUGCGCCGAAAUAACUUGGAUUUCUUGUACAACCGGGUAAUGUGGGCUGUUCUGGCGCUUAGCUUUGUUUUUGCGAUGACCAGUGGACAGAUGUGGAACCAUAUUCGAAACCCACCAUUCUUACAUAAGACUCAACAAGGAGGGGUGGCUUACAUCCAUGGAUCGUCUCAAGGACAGUUCGUUGUUGAGACAUACAUCAUAGCAAUCAUCAAUGGGGCGAUUGUAGUCGGAAUGAUUUUGCUAACUGAAGCAGCAAAUUCAAAAACAGGGGCUGGUGAUGUCGGCAAGCGACGGAUCAUGGCAAUUAUUGGGCUAGCCUUAGUGGCCUUCUUCUUCUCUUUACUUUUGUCCAUUUUUAGGUCUAAAGCUGGUGGUUAUCCAUACAGUAAGACAGACGAACGUCGGGAGAUUCAUUAA